AUUCCGCUAAUUUGGUAACCUUGUGGAUAUCAACAAUUAGUAAAAAUUUCUACCUUAUCAACUGACCUAACCUCCUUAACACUUGACGCCAUUUUUAUGAUUUAUAUCAAUUUAUAUUGAUGCCCUCGUGCUGAUCGCCUCGUGCUGUGAAAAUUGAUCGUGCUUUCUGAAAAUUCUUGUAACUGUUUUGAAUUUAUUGUGCUGUGAAUUAUAAAAGAACAUUAAUAUGUCUUAUUGUUGUGUUAAAUCUUGUGGUCACAAUAAAAAUAAAUAUUCGUGCCGCUAUCAUCGAUUCCCAAGUGAUCCAAAAACUUGCACCGCGUGGGUUCAAGUAGUAGGAGAAGAAGAUUUCCUAUAUCUCAAUAAUGAAAUAUUGCACCAGAAAAAGUAUGUAUGCAGUUGCCAUUUCGUUGAUGAAAAUUAUAGUUCAUCAUUAAAAAUGCAUUUGAAGUCUGCAGCUGUUCCAUCUAUUUUCAAUGAAAAGACGGUCUCUAUUAGUGACGAGAGUAUGAAGACAUUCUUAUCUCCGCAAAUGAUUGUUCCAACGAUUUCUGUUGUUACGCCAUUAAGUAAUAUCGAAAAUUUACACAUCGUGGAAUAUCAACCUGAAACUAGGAAAAGAAAAUCGACAGAUUUAAAUACGACUGAGGAAACUCCAAUAAAAAGAACACGUCCAUCAGCAGAAAUUGCUGAAGAAUCAAAAAAAAGGGUCAUGAGGUGUACAGCAAUAAAUAGUAUGACAGAAUAUAAAUCCGUUAAUACAGUACAGAUCCUAAAAAGUAAGCAGCCACUGAUUUUGAAGCCAUGUUCACUAAUUAAAAUAUUGGACGAAAAUUUGAAAGCCAUGAAUUUCUCAUCCGCACAAGAAUUAAUUUUAAACAUAGAAUUGUUAUUAAAUAAUUAUAAGAAUCAAAUUAAGUCGCUGUUAAGUAUACAACCAAGAAAAAACUUAUCGAAGAUGCUGGAAUACUUGGCGCAGAAGUUACACAUGAAGUAUCCGCUGUACUAAAUCUUCUGAGUCAAGAACGUGCAAAGACGAAAAACUUAGAGGCUGCUAUUUCAAAAAAAAACAAAGAAUACGAUCUUCAAGAAAUAAAAUUAAAGAACUGCCGGUGUGAUGUGGAUACUACGAAACGUCCAGGACUCAGUUUACUGGCUGGUUUAGAGCAACGCAAUAUAAAUAGAAAAAGUGGUGGAGAGCGGUACACUAAUGAAGAAAUUUUGUUUGCCAUUGGUAUUUAUAAACGUUCGCCCAAGUGUUACCGUUUUCUUAUGAAUUAUAUUUUGCUUCCAAGUGAAAUUACUUUGAGACGUGCUUUCAUUACUCUUGAUUUGAAACCGGGGAUUAAUAAUUCAAUAGUCGAUGGACUCAAAAAAGCUGCUGAGCGUAUGACAGAUCCUCUGGAUCGGUAUUGCACAGUAGUUGUAGAUGAAACAAGUAUUAAACCACGACUAUCAUAUACUGUGGGUAGUGAUUCAGUCAGUGGGUUCCAUGACGAUGGAAACGGCGUUCAGAAAGCAGAGCUUGCUGAUCAUGCAACUGUUUUUAUGCUUCAACAAAUUAACAAGCCAGGAAAACAACCACUUUCUUUCCAUUUCACUCAUAAGCCAAUGAACACUUCUGUUCUUAAAGCUUUGCUUACGCAAAUUCUUUCAUUUAUCGUUGCCGCCGGAAUGAUACCAGUGGCCGCGGUAUCCGAUCAAGGGUCAACAAACAGAGGUGCGUUUAAUUCGCUUAGGGAUGAAACUCCAAAUAAUUAUGAGAAAAAUCACUUUAAAAUUAAUAAUUACGCUAACAAGAUUUAUAUAUUAUAUGACAUCGCUCAUUUAAUAAAAACCUUAAAAAAUAAUUUCGCCGGUGCUUUUGAGAACUGGUUUUCAAAGAAUCCGAAGAAGAAUAAGCAAGAAUAUCCUGGCAACAUCAUUGAGAUUAAUGGUAUCCGCGGCUAUUGGAGAGAAAUAGUAAAUUAUUUUUUCCAAGAUGAUAAAUGUCAUUUAAAAGAAGAACACGUUUUCCCGACUAAUAAAGUUAAAAUGGGUGUCCGCUUUGCAUCACAAGUUCUAAGUCAAACGACAGCUGAAAGAUUGAUGCAACGGGCAGUAGCGGAUCCUGUUAAAAAUGUAGCUGCAAAAGCUACAAGCAUCAUAAUAAAGUUUUUAGACAUGGUUAUUGAUUCUUUAAAUGGCAGCAAAUUAACUGGUGGAGAUAAAAAAGAAUCAUCUUCGAGAGGAAACGUGACUCCAACAUCUCAACAUUGGGAAUUCUGGCCAAAAGCUAAAAAAGCAAUUUCCACAUUAAAAUUUUUUCGAUCAGAUGGGAAAUUUAUAUCCACCCCGACUCCCGCAGCAUUACUUAAUAGCUUAUCGGCAAUCCCAGAUUUAUGCCAAUUUUUAUUCAAAGCUGGAUUUAAAUCCAUUAAUUUACGGCAUUUAACCCAAGAUGGAUUGGAGAAUUUUUUCGGCUUAAUUAAAAAUUUGCAAGGCUGUAACCAUAAGUUAACCACUACUCAUUUCAUAAGUGCCUUUAAAACCUCCAUAUUGACAAUUUUUUCUAAUUGCAAUGUUCGCGGGGCUAAUAGUGAAAUUGAAUCCUCCCCAACAAUAAUUCAGCUUCAGGAUCUUCUUACUAUAAAAUCAAAUAAACACAGUUCAUCGCACGACAAAAAUAUAGAAGAGAUCGCACAAGAAAUUGCAGAAGCUGACGACGUUCCAAGAUUACAGCUUGAUGAUACCGAUGAUAAUUUUGAUGAACAGUUAAACCUUAUAUUUGGCGGAGGAAACGAAGGACUCGAUAAUGAUUUAGCUGAUGACGAGAAGUUUAUACCGGAAAAGUUAUUAGCCAGUAUUUUCAAGUUAUCAUCAUCAAAAACAUGUUUGGAGUGUAAAUCGUGCAUUGUAAUAAACAAUACAUCAGGAGGUUCUACAAUUUCAUCUACUUUCAAAGAAAAAAUUUUAAAGGCCAUGAAAUUUUUCGACGAAAAUAUAAAAUCACGAUUACACGAAAGGAACAUUUGUACUUUUGCUAAAGGGUUAAUAGCAAGUCAGUUUUUUCAAUCCUCGUUUAACUGUUCUAAACAUGCUGAGGCAUUGAACCACGAAGUUUCCGAAAAAAUUCUCAGCUUUCUAAUCCGACAACAGUGUUAUUUUUUUAAUAGAAAUGUGGAAUUAGAACAGUUGAGAGCUGCUAAUGCAGGAAAAAUUGCAGAGUUGAGCGGAAAAGCUAAGUACUUGCAAUUCAAGGGAAUUAAUUGAUUAACAGCCACAAUUAAUUACGCAGCCACAGUCCUCAGAGUUUAAAGCUUAAACGAAAGCUCCAAUAAUAUAUCUAUGUUAUAAUGAAAAUGUUUUAAAGACUGAAAAUUUUGUAAUAUUUUUGUUCAGAGCUUAUAUCAGUACGAACCGAAAUGAACUAGUCAACUUCCUUAGCUUUAAGACUAAAGAAGAAAUUGAAAUAAUUUUAUUAAUAUAUUAUUAAAUAAUGUGAUAAUUAUAUAUUUAAAUGCCAAAAAUUAUUUAAGUAAAAAUGAAAGUAUAAAGUCUAAUUGUUUGUGAUAAUAAAUUAUAUUUUUAUAUUGAUAUAUACUAUAUUACGAGCUUUAAAAUGUUUCAAAAUGUGAUAAUGCUAACUUAUCUGUUUACAGAUUUAGCACUUUUAAAAAUUCUAGAAUAUCAAAAAUAAUGUUAAUGUAAGGAAAUAAUAAAAUAACUGUAAAUUGCAAUAUUUGAUAGUUCUU